AUGAGUGGAUUGGAGAUGGGACCAGUCUUUCGCUUAAUGGAAUCGCUCAUGGUUCCACCGGAUAAAAACUGUUCAGAUCAUACAGAUACUCCAAGUGCCAUGGAAUUCUUACAAAAUCUUGAGCCAUUCCAAGCUGUCUUAUUACUAAUAGCCUCAGUAUUCACUUUAAUCAUCUAUAUAUUGGCUGGAGCUCAUUGGGCUUACGUCUAUCGUUUUGUUUCAAUUGAAACACGAAGAAAUAAAUUAUAUUGGCUUGUAACAUUAUUUCCAGUAUCAACGAGUUGUUGUCUGAUAGGUAUGCUUGUUCCAAGAACUUCCUUGAUCAUGACAGCUCUGGGUAUUCUCUAUUACCUCAUGUGUCUAUUUGUUAUAGUAUCGUUAUGUCGACAUCUGUUUGGUGGACGUACUUCCUUCUCAAAUCGAAUUGAAGAUCCAAUCGACUUUCACAGUCCUCCUUUCUGUUGCAUUGCUCCAUGUUUGCCGUUGCCAACUGCCGAGCCAACCGAAAGAAAUAUUCGCAGAUUAGAAUUCCUUGUUUUACAAGCUCCCGUCUUUCGGGCGAUAAUCAUCGUUAGUGAUAUCGUGGCUGUAGCUGAAAUGAGAGAAGAAGCAAAGACGUUCCUACGGUACUCGGAUAUGUUCUGCGUCGUAUCCCUACUGUUGGCUAUAUUUGGAGUUCAUACACUUGCCCGAGUAACAUCGAAUAAACUAUCCUCAUUCUGUUUCAUGACGAUAUUCCGCUUUGUUGAUAUCUCACUUCUAUUCUUCUCAGCACAGCAGCCAAUGAUCUUCCAGAAUGUCCUUCUUCGAUUUGAUCUCAUAUCGUGUGGCCCGUUACUAUCAGCACAAGAGAAUGCUACAUUUGUUUGUAACUUCGUCAUCAUCUGUGAGAUGUUCAUUCUCUCUGUACUCGCAACUGUUCUUCUACGACCAAGCCGUAAUGCCAUGUUCGACGUCUAUCACGUUCUUAAACAGACUGAAUCCGUAGCAGAUACGGAACAAUCAAUGCUUGAACAGGAUGACAUCUAA